GAUACGAUUCUUAAAUCAAAAUUUGGGAGUAAAAACAAUUUUUUACCUUUUUAUAUUAUCGAGGAAAAUUGACCUUUUCCCAAAAAAAAAAAAGAAAAUAAAAACAGAAAAAGCUACGUAGACUACCAUCACCACUCCUGCUGACAUUUCCCAGCUCAUCAACCACACUAUAAAUUCCAUUUUCCCAGUACACCCUCCUUCUCCACCCUAUAAAUUUAAAUAUACCCAAACACACUCGAAUCUUCCAGAACAUUCUUCACCGGAAAAUGAAAAAAUCCGCCGGAAAACCGUCGAAAUACGAUUUAGAGUACCGGAACAGAGGCGACGAUGCCUGGUACGGCGUACUAGUCAUACUUACCGGUGAAACAAUGACGGUGAAAUUCGAAGGUUAUCCGGAUACUUUUGACGUGAAAUUCGAUGCGAAGGAGUUCAAAUCGAAGGAGGAAAUCGACGAUUUUUUAGGAAGGUUUAGGAAUAUCUCGCCGCAGAUGCAGGAUAGCGAAUGUGGUAGUAUUAAAGAAGGGAUGUUUGUUUGUGCGGCUUGUAGUGCUUUUGGUGGAGAUGAUAUGCUCUUCUACGAUGCCGUUGUUGAGGCGGUGAGUUUUUUUGUUCUGUUUCAAGUCUAAAAGUUUUGAAUUUAUAUUUGUGAAAAAUUGUAAUUUGUAGAACUUUUGUUGAAGUUUUUGAAUAUACAAAUUUUGUAUUUAAAAUAGUGCGAAAGGUGAAAACAAACCUAAAAUAUCCAAUUUUUUAAAGUUUCAUACCUUGACUAUCACCAACUACGCCGGAAAAUGAAAAAACCCGCCGGAAAACCGUCGAAAUACGAUUUAGACUACCGGUACAAAGGCGGCGAUGUCUGGUACGGCGUACUAGUCAUACUUACCUGUGAAACAAUGACGGUGAAAUUCGAGGGUUAUCCGGAUACUUUUGACGUGAAAUUCGACGUGAAGGAGGAAAUUGACGCGAAGUAGGAAGGUUUAGGAAUAUCUUGCUGCAAAUGCAGGAUAACGAAUGUAAUAGUAUUAAAGAAGGGAUGAUUGUUUGUGCGGCUUGUAGUGCUUUCGGUGGUGAUGAUAUGCUCUUCUACGAUGCCAUUGUUGAAGCGAUCCACAACGAGAACCAUUCAUUUCACAAUGGAGUGGAGGAGUGUUUAUGUACCUUUGUAUUAGCCUGGCUUCAUGGCCCAAAAAAGGAUGACUUGACUAAUUCUGGAAUUGAAGGCAUAUGCAUCAUCAAAGGCACAUCCCAAGUUGAUCCGAGACUAGCCUCUUUCGUGGAAUUGGCAGACCAGAAACUCAGAAAAUCCUCUGGGGAGUCAACUUCUACAUCUGAGCAAGACAAUUCAGCAUCCCAAGGAUUGUCACGUACUAAAAGAGUCAGAUACUUGUCUUCUGCACAAAAGUCAGAUUCGUCCUUUAAGGGUAUUAGCAGUGCCAAGAAUGUGGUUAACGUGAGCUGUAUAACAGAAGACUAUAGCAGGCACCGGGAUCAUGAUAAAGAUCUAGGAGGGCAAUUUUCAAAUUACCAUGUCAUGCUAGUCGAGAACUUGGAGAGAAACUUGUUGCCUUCAGCAUUGAGAGAUUUCAUACAUGAGCAUACUUCUGUUUGGUCACAAGCAUGUAUUUCUCCCUGCCCGUCAUAUAUGCCCUACGCACAAGGCAUUAUCGUGGUAGAUUGUGAAGAGAAGCUUCAGAAAAUAAAUCUGUUUUUGGACAAUCCAUCCCACCUUGUUGUAUCCUCAAAGGGAAGGAUACAUGUAAGGCAAAAAGUAUCUGCCGAGACUUGAUAGUAGUUCGUUCAGGAAGUGAUGCAUACAGAAGAGCUAACGAGGCGAAAGAUUUGUUUUUAGAGUUUAUAAGUCAUCAACAGAGACUUUAUAAGAAGUUAGCUUUGGAAGAGAGGUUACUUUUGAAUAUGCUGCAAUUACAACCAAGUGUAGACACGUGUUUGUGUUAAAACAACUUCAGAUGAUUUAGUUCAUGUAUAUCUCGUGUUCUGUAAUGUUUCAAGAUUUCUUUUCUGUAACCAACCCAGCGAUCUUGCUUAGUAGCAAUCUCACUGUGCGCGUAGUUUUUCAAUCUUUCCUACUCUGGGUAAGUGUCACUGGAAACAAAUGCAGCACCUGUGUUACAUUCUGGUUUUCACAUUCAAAUAAUGUGAAAACCCGGUGUUUCUUGUAAAUACCUAGUUAAUAUGUCUGGAAUUGCCAGUGUACUGUUAGUUGCAUUCUUGGCAUUUGGUGGUUAAAUGGUGUUAGUUGCACCUUCUUGUUGGUCAAAGAGGAGGAAACAAUGGUUUAGAGGUCCUAAUUAGAGUUGCAAUGUUUAUUGAGUUUGAAUUUUGGUCAA